AUGUCCUCCUCUCGAGAGAAGAAACAUGCGCCGUGGGUGGAUGUAGUGGCCGGUGGCUUUGGCGGGGCUGUUGCGAAAUCUCUGCUUUCACCCUUUCAACGUGUUGUCGUCAUGCAGCAACUCGGCGAACACAAAGAGUACAGUACUCUUCAAUUGGUGAAAUAUAUUAAACAACAAGAUGGUUGGAAAGGAUUCUGGAGAGGAAACCUUACCUCUAUGAUUAUUCGUGUACCAUAUUCCGGUAUUCAGUUUGUUCUCUACAGUCAAUUGAAGUUUUUCUUUCAAGAUAUUUGUGAACGUUAUGUUCGUCCGAAAAAGAAUAUGGGAGAUACUUCUUCUUCUUCUUAUCACACAAGUGAUAGAUUAGAAGUGUUUAUAAUGAAAUGCGGUGCUGGAGGAAUCUCCGCAACGAUUGCGGGUGCUGCGGUGUAUCCUGGAGAAGUGGUACGAUUACGGCUCAUGUCUGGCGAACGUCGAUUUAAUGGUAUUUUUAAUACAAUUCGUUGUAUAUAUUCAGAGACAAACUCUUUACGUAAUUUUUAUCGUGGUUUAGGUGCCUCUCUUAUGCAGCGAGUACCCGAUAUUCUUGUAAACUUUGCCACUUAUGAAACCCUUAAGUAUUCUCUACUCGAGUGGGAUUUCCUCAAUACACAUCCAUCCUAUAAAAAUAUUAUUUCCACUAUAAUUGGAGGAUCUGCGGCGGCAUUAGCCUCUAUUCUUGUAGCCUUUCCAUUGGAUGUGGCCAAGAGACGCAUUGGGAUGUCUGGACAGAGUAAGAGUGGAGUGGUCUACACAGGCGUGCGGGAUUGUUUGAGGAAAGUGUAUGCGGAAGAGGGGAUUCGCGGUUGGUAUGCGGGGGCGCGAAUGGAGGCGGUGCGGUGUGUGCCGCAAGUAGUGUUGAUGUGGUUUUUCAUUGAAGGCAUUCAACAGGUGUUAACAGAUAACUUUGUGAAACCCAAAGCCACAGAGGAGGAAAUAACCGGGAAGAAAUAA